AAAAGACAUUUCUCAAAAUAUCUUUUCUACAGAAGAAAUUAGUUGAUACAGAUGUGGAAUGACAUGAGGGGACAUGUAAAGGAUGACUUGAAUGUUAUUUUUUUGCAUGAACUAUCCCUUUAACAUUCAUAUUUUAUUAUGCAAUAUUUGCAUUACAUUUGCAUAUAUUUGCUAAACAGGCUGCCCUACCAAAGACAGAUGUAAGACAAAUACAUACACAAGAACUGUACAGUAAAUACUGUGUGAUCAGCACAUCCUGAAUGUGUUUCCAACAGCAGUCACUCUGACUCGGCUCAUUCCCCGUCACUAAAGCUCAACGUUUGUCUGAGACACACCCUCAUAGUUUCAUGACAAGACUUUCCUCAUCAUGUAAUCCAGUGAGUUGAGUUGCUGAAUCUAUGAAAUCUGUACACAGUUGUACAGAUCUUUAUUUUCUCCUCAUCUGAGUUUUUAACAAUCCACCAAAAGAAAACAAAAGAGAAGAUGCUUCAUUCUGAAAAAAACAAAAAAACGCUCUCUGAUCACAGGAAAAGUCUUCAGGAUCUAAAAAAGUCCUAUGAAGAAUGUGAAGAGCCUGAGAAACAACAGUUAUGGGAGAUCAUUAAUGAUGAAUUGCAAGACAUCUUGAAGAAAUACUCCUUAUUCUUCUCAAAAAAACAAAUGAAGAUUUUCAACGACCCCAUUCAUGGUCACAUUGAGCUGCACCCCCUCCUGGUGAAGAUCACAGAUACGCUUCAGUUUCAGAGACUCCGUCACAUCAAACAGCUUGGAGGAACAUAUCUGGUGUAUCCGGGAGCUUCUCACAAUCGUUUUGAACACUCUCUUGGUGUGGCGUAUUUAGCAGGUUGUCUGGUCAAGAUUCUUCAUGACAAUCAGCCGGAGCUCAAAAUCACCAAACAGGAUUUCCUGUGUGUUCAGAUCGCUGGACUGUGUCACGACUUGGGUCAUGGUCCAUUUUCCCAUGUAUUUGAUGGUCUGGUUAUUCCUAAAGCCAAAAAGAUUAAACAAAUAAGAGGCUUGCCUGAUGAUAUCCCUGAGAAGUGGAAGCAUGAGCAGAUGUCAGUGCUGAUGUUUGAUGACAUUGUGAAGAGUUUGAAGGCUGAGAAUGAAGAUGUGUUGAAAGAACACGGACUGAAUGAUAGAGACGUCAUCUUCAUUAAAGAGUUAAUCGAAGGGGCAAAAGAUUCAGCUGCUGAGUGGACAUACAAGGGCAGAGAUGAAGACAAAUCCUUCCUGUAUGAGAUUGUGGCAAACAAACAGAACGGCAUUGAUGUGGACAAAUGGGACUAUUUCGCACGAGACUGUCAUCACCUUGGCAUUCGUAACAGUUUUGACCAUCAGCGUUUGUUGAAGUUUGCUCGAGUGUGUAAAAUGAAGGGAAGAAAUCACAUCUGCUUCAGGGACAAGGAGGCAGAUAAUGUUUAUGACAUGUUUCGCACCCGAUACACUCUCCAUCGCCAGGCCUACCAGCACAAGAUCUGCAACAUCAUUGAAGACAUGUUUGCUGAAGCGCUCUUACUUGCUGAUCGUGACCUUCAUGAAGGAAAAUCUGAAGAUAUGCUGAAGAUUUCUGAAGCCAUAAAGACGGCAGAGGAAUACAGCAAACUCACAGAUGAGAUCUUUGAGCAGAUCUCGUCCUCCACUGCUAAAAACCUGCAGAAAUCCAGAGACAUUCUGGACAAGAUUGUCAGAAGAAAACUGCCAAAGUUUGUGGGAGAAGCUCGCCUGACUGAGAAAAACAUGUCAAAGGAAAAGCUGACAGAAACAUGGAAAGCCGCAGUACAGAAGUACAAGCUUGAUAAACCAACUGUUUCUCUGAAUGCUGAAGAUUUACCAGUUUAUGUGGUUGAUCUGGAUCACGGCAUGAAGGACAAAAACCCCAUUGAAUCUGUCUAUUUCUACAGCAAGAGGAAACCCAAUGAAGCUUCUACAAUUAAAGAUUAUCAGCUGUCCAGUUUCCUGCCGAAGAAGUUCAAUGAAGAGCUUGUCAGAGUUUAUUACAGAAGAACUGAUGAUCAGAGAGCUGAAGAUAAGGAGGAGGAGAAGAAGAAGGUGGAAGAGGCGGAGAAGUGCUUUCAGAUCUGGUGUUCAGACAAUUUUGGACUCCCUAAACAACAAAAACAAAAACAACAGGGCAGAGGUCCACAUAUGUCACAAAAGCCAAGCAGCAAAAUGUAAAAAAAAAUAUUUUCAGUUAAGGUAUAUGGUUAGGGAAUAAUUUACUAUCUGAAUUAAAGACAAUCGACCCUUCGCCGGGAGUUUGAUUGACAAGCGAUCUAACCAAUCAUAAUGUCGAAUCCGUAAUUUUGUCCGACAAAGCAGUCCGAAGAUUAACCUCGGUGGAUUAGCUUGAAAAUUGGUGUGUAUUGACGUCUUUCCGCGUUUGAAAUAACAUUCCUUCUCAUGUUCAUUCAUGUUUAUUUGAUGCUAUAAAUGAACUAGUAGGAAGAGAUGAUCGGUUCACGAGCUGCUUGAGCUGAGACGCUACAGCAAUCUGUCAUGACACAUUAAAGAGCCACAAAACAGUUUUUAUUGUUUGAAUUUCUUAAAUUACACCAUUUGAAAGCUGGGACUUUGUUUAAUAUCAUAAGUAACCUGCUCUGUCUUGUCUGUCGACGUGUUGUCAGUGUCCUCUUUGAUCCGCAAUGUAUUUUUCACUCUGUGUGGUGUGACAGCGCCAUGGCUUGUCGGACAAAGCAACAGUAACUAAGGGGGGGCGGGUCUUUGCGAAGGGUCAAUUAAACAAAAUAAUAUUUGUGGCAUCUGGUUGCCAGACACUUUCUUUUCUUUUUUUUUUAGUCUAACCAGGGACAGCAGCUGCAAAUUCAUUAAAUGUGAUUAACAAUCAGGGAUGGUGUUGUAUUGAUUUAAAGGACUGGAAGUGUAGGACUGAUGAAUGUGGAGAACUGAUAUUUCUUUCCAACAGAGUAGACAGUAGUGAUUUAGUAAAGCUUGGGUGUAGGCCUACCACAGAUAGCAAACAACCACUGAAACAAUGUUAAUGCAUCAACGAAUGCAUCUCUGUUAUUACACACCAGACUGACUCCAUUUCUGUCAUUGAUCUACAUAAGUUCUUUGUGAGAAUUAAUAGAGGUUUUAGAUGUUGAUGUUUUAUUAAUAAAAAUUGAAACAUACUUGAUGCCGCAAUGCAUGCUGGGAGUCAUGAGUUGUGUACUAUGGUGGGUCCCAUCAUGCAUUGCGGCAUGAAGCAUGUCAACAUUGUUGAGAUUCAUAUGCUGAUUCUUGAUGUCUGUGUGUGUCUCUAAUCUAAUAUUUAGAAAACAAAAUUAAGAAAGAUCUCAGUAUGCUCGGGGAAAAUCUAUUAAGAACAAAUAAACACUUAGAUUCAUCAAUCAUUUUUCUUUAUGAUAAUGAAAAUUAUAUGAUCUGAUCAUCUUUGUUUCUGGCUUCCUUCGCAACAAGUAAUGUGUUCUAGUAAACGCUGUUACAAACACCACAAACUGACAUAAAAAGCAAAGAGUCAAACUGCCCAACUAAAGAAAACACUGAAACACUCAAACAUUUUCAAUAAAACAUUGACAUCUAAACCUGUUAAUUCUCAAAAAGAACUGUAGACAAAUGACAGAAAUAAAGUCAGUCUGGUUUGUAAUAAGAGAGAUUUAAUGUCUUUUCAGUUGAUUUCAUCUAAGGCUGUGGCAGAAGUCAGUUGAAGUUGUUUUGUUUCAUUUUCUGCGAGUGCACAUUGUAUCUGAUUCAAUGUCAUUACCAUUGAUUUUUUGAUGAAAUCUUUUUUUUUUUUUUUUUUUUACAUUAAUUGCUGGUUCAAAUGUGAUGUUGAUUCAGUGCAGUUAAUGUUGACACAUUAACAUUGAUUUAACAUUGUUUCAAUGGGUGCUUGCUAUCUGGGACAUAUUUUAGGGAUGUACAUUUAUCUGGAAUAUAUUUUCUUAAUUUUUCUUAUUUUCUUAAGGACAUGAGGAUUCAAAUAAGUCAUCAACAAUAAAGUCUGUCCAAGUGUGGGGCAAUGAUCCAUCUCUCUCUCUCUCUCUCUCUCUUUUUUUUUUUUUUUUUUUUUUUAUGCAUUAACCAUGUUUCUAGUAGUUUGUGUCUUUGUUGGUUCCUGCACUGAUGGAGAAAAAUGAUUUUACAGAUAAUAGAUAAAAGAUCUGAUUAAACAACUCCACAAACAGCA